AAAAACCCUAAUAUUUGUUUAUCUUCCGAUUUCUGAAGAACGAAACCCUAUCCGGUUAUUAGCAGCCGAUAAUUGCAGGUUUUUCAGCUCCACCGCUCUCACGGAGAAAACCCUAAUCGGCCAAGAAAUUUUUCAGAAAAAUGGUUUCUGGAAAGAAAACAAAGAAGACCCAUGAGAGCAUCAAUAACAGAUUAGCUCUCGUUAUGAAGAGUGGAAAGUACACUCUCGGUUACAAAACUGUGCUUCGCUCUCUCAGGUCCUCCAAAGGUAAAUUGAUUCUAAUUUCAAACAAUUGCCCACCAUUGAGAAAGUCUGAGAUUGAGUACUAUGCCAUGCUUUCUAAGGUUGGAGUCCACCAUUAUAAUGGAAACAAUGUAGACUUGGGAACUGCUUGUGGCAAAUAUUUCCGCGUUUCUUGCUUGAGCAUUAUUGAUCCAGGUGAUUCUGAUAUCAUCAAGAGCCUGCCUGGUGAUCACUGAGCAGAUUGCAUUCCUGGUGUUAUUUUUUUGUAACAGAGCUAUUUUUCUAUUUUUGUCUUUCAAGACCAGUUAGUUUUGAUAUUUUCCCAGUAAAUUUUAUGUACCAUUUGUCUUUUUAGCUGUUGUGGGGAUGAAGGGCAUUAAUCUUAUCAAGUGUUAUUCUUUGGAGAUUGUUUCAAAUGUCUAGAGCUAAAGUGUGGUACCCCUGCUAAGUAAUUUCUUUAUGUGCAAGUUGAUGCUGUUAUAUUUCAAGUUUGAAUGCUUGGUUGCUUUGGUGGGAAA